AUGGCAAAGAUUGAGCCUUGCACCAAUUCCGAUCUAUCAAUUCACCUAGACUGGUCCCAACCAUUUCUCCCAGGCCAGAAAAUUACAGGCUAUGUCCCUCGAACAUCGCGUUGGGCCAGUGCGGAGACGAGCAUCAGCAUCGCUUUGCACGGUAAAUGCACCACAAAAUUCUUUUCCCGGGAUUCUUACAUGUGUCGUAGCAGUCUUGAUCUAUUUGGACAGGAGGAAGUUCGAUACGAGCUUUUUAACGAUCCAUUGCAUAUUCAACUGUCUUGUCCAGAAGGAAAAAUGUGGAGACACCCUGAGCCAACUUCUUUGAGAUCUCAUCCAUUGGGAAGGGCAUCCUACCUGCCUUUGCUCUAUGUCGAUAAACAAGCCCUUCCGCCUUCAUUCGAUCUCGGCAGCAGCAAUGCGACUACUUCACGUAAUGGGUCUGCAGUAGUUGAGUACUAUCUGGAGGCCAUGAUAACAACCCCAAACUCUGAGCCAGUCAUGGCACGAAUGCCGAUCCAUCUUCGUUGCCAAUCCUCUCCUUUCCCGAUCACUGAUUUCGACAUCCAGAUCCAUUCUCGACAACGUUAUACGAUAAACUCUCCUUAUCUAAUAUCUGCUGGUACGGAGACAGUUCAGUGUUCCAUGGGACAGAAACUGGGCAAGGUGGUUGGGUUAUCCAGAUCUCAUCGCUUUACAUUUCGCCUGGAUAUCAGUGUAGCUUCGGUUCUCCAGAUUGGCAGCCCAUAUCACAUUCCCCUCGAGAUGCGAGCCAUACCGCAAUGGGAGGAUACAAGUGAAUGUCUUUCAAAAACUCUUCCAACUAUCGACAUAAUUAGCUUUACUCUUGUGCUACGAUCCACCUCGUGUAUCCUGGCUUUUGCUACAGCUGCACUAGGUCCAGCCCCCGUCGUGCGCGAAGAGAGUUUUAUGGAAAAGAUAUUAUUGGCAGAUUAUAUUUAUUCGAAGAGCACGAAACAGAUAGAAGAACGAAAGUACUCUUCCUUGAACGACAGCAAUUCUUUAACCUUACCAGUUAACGAGAAUACGGCUCCGCUGGACAUAGGUGAAGUACUUGAUUUAAAACUCCAGCAUGAAAAGUUCUCGGUUCACGAAGUUCCCACAUUCAUCACUUACAAUAUCAAACGAACGUACGAGUUGGAGUGGAAAAUGAGGCUUGAAGUAGGUGGAGAAACUAUCAAAGUUAAGGGCAAACAUCCAGUUUUGGUCAUGGGAAGGGCUGGUUAG